ACCUUAAAAACAAUCGGCGUUUGAGAAGAGGCUGAAGAGGCAGAAUUCUUCCAAGUACCGAGAAGGAACAUCAGCCAACAGCAUCUCAGGACAGAUCAAGUCCAAGCGCAAAGAGCAUCGCACUUUGGGCGAGUUGUAGUUUCAACGUUCCUUCAAAGCGCAUCAACCAAGUUUCUUAGAAUGCUCCUCAGACUCACGUCCGUUAUUCUUGUGUGUGUAGGUAGCAUGUUGACGUGUGUAGGCGCUCAGGGCGCAAGCAAAGUCAUUUUACCGAGAGACUACGGGGUGAAACUGUGCGGUAGAGAGUUUAUUAGAGCCGUUAUCUUCACGUGCGGCGGGUCCCGUUGGAAACGUUCCUUAGAGGAAGACUUGGACCCCUUCCAUCUCAGCUCCUACAGUGACAUCACAGAGGGUGGCGACCGACUGUCCUGGGAGCGUGGCAUGGAGAUGGGGGCUCCCCAAGCCGAACGCUCUCCUCUCCAGCUCCCGUCCUCCUCCUCCCCCUCCCUGGCAGAUCUCCUGGUCAUGCUGGGGGCGGCAUCAGAGCCCCGUCAGUCACCGGCGGACAUGGACCCCAUUGAUGUGCCCCAGGUGGCAGCCAUGAUGGGGGGCGGGGCCGGAGAGCAGGGGAGGAGCCCCACCCUUUCUUGGCCACGCCCCGACAGGCGAAAGAGGAACUUUUCCCUGGGUGUGGCGGGCAUGUGUUGCAACCAGGGCUGCACCAAGAACGACAUUGGCCGGUUGUGCUGAGACUGGGUAGGGGGGGAUACGAGGAGGAGGUGGGGUUUGACUCCUACUGGGGAAGCGCCCUCCCAUUCUAGUACACAUAGGUUCUAAUACUCACACUAACUAGAACGCAUGGUCAGUGUUAUAUUAGUGUGCUAGUGUGGGUGCUGUAGGACGUAGCCAUGUUUGUGUUUCUGUGAGUUUGUGUUAUAACAUAUCUGUAUAGUUUCACUGUUCUGGACAAAGCUGUGUUCCUAUCAGGACAGUACAUGAUUUUGGUUUGUUCAUUUCUGUUGUGACAGAUUGCUAUACACUCCCAUUCUGUGAUUCAUUAUCUGUCACGUUUUUGGCCAGCAUUAAAUGCUUGUUUUGCUGAAAAGCAAAAGCAUUGAUGUUACCCUGUUCUGAAAAAAAUGUAGUUUAUAUGCGAGAAGCAUACACAUGAAUGAUGUCAUGUGUAUUCAAAUCUGUACAAAAAAGAAAACCUAAAUAAAUACCAUUAUGUUAACCAAAAUAAAUACCAUGUUAACCAUUAACUUUUUGACAUCACUGGGUGCUUGUUACAAAUCUUUGUUAUUCUGGCCCUGUGAAAAAACAGCAGGGACUGAAUUAUAGAUAUGAACUCUAUCCAGCUAUAGAGAUACCAUCCUAAACUUAGUUUCAUUGCAGAAAAAAAAUGGUGAUGUCAGUGGACCACUGGAGGCCCCCUGUACAGCCCAUAAUGACUCUGAAACUAGACCCGAGGGCUGCAGGUAGACAAAGUAACUGUCGUUUUACCAGCUUUAAUCUGUUACCUAAACAACGGUUGCAGGCCACGACGCUGUGUUAACGACCCUUAAAUAACAUAGAAAACAUAUUUUAGUGAUGUGCUGUCCAGGUGUGGCCUGGAGGUCCUUGGCAGGCCUGUCAGAGCCACCAGAGGGAAGAGGGAGGCUGGAGAUGAAGCUCUGUGUAGAGACCCCUGUGGAGGAGAGGAGGAGGGAGACGGCAGAGCUGGAGAUGAAGCUCUGUGUAGAGGCCCUGUGGAGGAGAGGAGGAGGGAGACGGCAGAGCUGGAGAUGAAGCUCUGUGUAGAGGCCCUGUGGAGGAGAGGAGGAGGGAGACGGCAGAGCUGGAGAUGAAGCUCUGUGUAGAGACCCCUGUGGAGGAGAGGAGGAGGGAGACGGCAGAGCUGGAGAUGAAGCUCUGUGUAGAGGCCCUGUGGAGGAGAGGAGGAGGGAGACGGCAGAGCUGGAGAUGAAGCUCUGUGUAGAGACCCUGUGGAGGAGAGGAGGAGGGAGACGGCAGAGCUGGAGAUGAAGCUCUGUGUAGAGACCCUGUGGAGGAGAGGAGGAGGGAGACGGCAGAGCUGGAGAUGAAGCUCUGUGUAGAGGCCCUGUGGAGGAGAGGAGGAGGGAGACGGCAGAGCUGGAGAUGAAGCUCUGUGUAGAGACCCUGUGGAGGAGAGGAGGAGGGAGACGGCAGAGCUGGAGAUGAAGCUCUGUGUAGAGGCCCCUGUGGAGGAGAGGAGGAGGGAGACGGCAGAGCUGGAGAUGAAGCUCUGUGUAGAGACCCCUGUGGAGGAGAGGAGGAGGGAGACGGCAGAGCUGGAGAUGAAGCUCUGUGUAGAGACCCUGUGGAGGAGAGGAGGAGGGAGACGGCAGAGCUGGA